UGAAAAGAAGUGAAGUAUUUUUUUAAAAAAAAAAAUAAAAAUAAAAAUAAAGAAACAAAUAUUUGAUAUGGCGCAACUCAAAGAUCAAGAAAAUGAUAAUAAUCAAGGAUCAAUGGAAUCUUCAAUGCACGUUUCAUUAGUUUCCUUUGAGCCCAAUGAACAAACAGAUGAAAUAAAAAUAAAAGUAUUAGAAAGUCCUGUAAUGGAGCCAUCUACAGCACAUGCAACAAAAGAAAAGGCUAAUACUCCUAUUAUAAAUGAAAAUAUAACUAUUUCCGCUAAACCUGAACAACAGACUUUGAACGAAGAAGAAAUUCGAGAACGUUUGAAAAUAUUUACUCAAAGUUUACAAGAGAAUAAUGUCGACGUUGAGGAAAAUAGCAGUACUACUGGCAGCAGUAGCAGUAGUAAUAACGAUAACUCAAGGCAAAAUACCACUACUAUCAGUAGCAAUACUCGUCCUUCAACUUCGCGAAAUAUGCAUUAUAAAAAGUAUACUGAUGAACAAAUCACAGGAUAUAUCAAUUUAAUUAUUGAAGGUAUGUCUGUCAAGAGUGCUGCUGCAAAAUCAGGCAUCACUGCCAAUUCUGCUUAUCGUUUUAGAAAAAUGUGGAAUAAAGCUGGUGUGACCCCAGUAAGACAUAAAAGGGGACCCGCAGAAGGUGCUAUGUCAAAAUUAAAAGAAGAGCAUACAAAAUUUAUUAUUAAUUAUGUUGAUCACGAAGUUGCGAAUGGUUCACUAGCACAAAUCAAAGACGCCUUACAAAAGGAGUUUCAUGAUUUAAGCGUCAGUAGUUCUGCGUUACAUAGACAUAUGAAAGCAAAAUGUGCUUUUAGUCUUAAACGUAUGUAUAAAUCACUUGAAGCCCGAAAUGAUGCAGACUUUAUGGCUCUUAUUGAACAGUGGAUUGCAAGCAAAGAUAUGGAUUUUGAAAACAAUUGUAUAUUCAUUAGUGAAGCAAAAUUUUUACGUGUUGAUCGUAAUAAUGGCUGGGCAAAUAAAACUAAAAAGUCAUCCUCUACUAUUCCUACAGAGGAAGCAACAAUAACGACAUCAACAGAAUUAGAAUCAUCACAACAACCACAAAAAAAAUCGUCUUCUGGUGUUAUAUUUACUGUCUUGGGUGCUAUUUCUUCUAAAGGUAUUAUGGAUAUAUCCUUACGUAGAGCUACACAAACAGAUACAAUGGCAACUACAACAACCUUAUUAGGCAAAAGACGUUUAGAAGAUGCACCAGUAAAUUCAAAUCAAGAAGAUUACAAUCAGUUUUUAAAUUAUUUGACAGAAUUGAUGAACAUUUUAGAUAAGCAUGGAUUACAGGGUAAUUACCUUGUAUUAGAUGAUACAAAUAUUCGUGAGCCCAUGUUAGUAAGGAAGAGAGUUGAAGAGAGAGGUUACAAAUGCGCCUAUUUACCAGCCGUUAUGCCUGUUCCGAAUCCAAUGGAAAAACUUUGGGCUAAAAUGCAAAAGGGGAUUGAUAGGAAGCCACUUAAUGGUGACCUUAGUCAAAGAAUUAUGAAAUCCUGUUCUGAAAUCACACCAGAUGAUUGUCGUGAAUGGAUUCGACUCGCCAUUCCAUGCUCUCCACUUCGUAUAACCUCAGGAAGAGGUUUAUAUACUUAAUAUAUAUGUAUAUGUAAUGCUUAUAUAUGUUUAUCAGUUUAUUUUUUUUUUUACCCAACAUAUUGCAACUUAUAUAUGUAUAUAUACAUAUAUA